AUGCAAGACGAGGAAAAGCUCAUUCCGUCGCCAGAAGGAAAUAAAAAGCGUACAGGAUGGCUGGCUCAAAAUGUUUGGAAGGCCAUUUGUACAUUAGCGCUUGUUAUCUAUCUAUUCACGUCGCUAGGGCAUAAUUCCGCCGCCAACCUUGCGGACGUCGAGACAGAGGGUCUCGGAGUAGCGUCGCCGCUGGAAAAGUCAUUUUUGACAGCUCUCGAUGAGAAUCUCGCAGGAAAUUGGUCCGAAAAAUACACUUCAGUGCCUCAUUUGGCUGGUCAAGGCAUCGAACUUGUAGACUGGACAGUUAAGAAGUUCCAGGAGUAUGGUCUAGAAACAGCUACCGAAUCUUUCGACAUCUACCUCAACUACCCAGUCGAAAAUGGGCUUAGCUUAUUGAGAGAAGGCAAAAACGGGAGCGUAGUGGAAUAUCGAGCAACGCUCAAGGAGGACGCGCUACCUGAUGAUCCUACAACUGGCGGUGAAGAUCUCAUUCCGGCUUUCCAUGGUUACAGUGCAUCCGGAAACGUUACAGCGGAAUAUGUCUACGUCAAUUACGGUACUAAAGAAGACUUCGAGCUUUUGAAAAACCUUAAGUUCGAUUUCGCUGGUAAAAUCGCCAUUGUGAGAUACGGGAAGAUAUUCAGGGGGCUGAAAGUCAAGUUUGCGCAAGAAGCAGGAUGUGUUGGGGUACUAAUCUACUCAGACCCUGGUGAUGACUUCUACCAAGAGGCUAAAGGCGAUAAGGCAUAUCCUAAUGGGCCCGCCAGAAACCCAUCUUCUUUGCAAAGAGGCUCCGUUCAAUUUAUAAGUGAAAUGCCUGGGGAUCCCACCACGCCAGGCUAUCCAUCUCAAGGUGAUGUGGAAAGAGCGGAUCCUUUCGAUAGAAUCCCCUCAAUUCCAAGUUUACCCAUAUCUUUUAAAGAAGUGACGCCUAUAUUGAGGAAGUUAAAUGGCCAUGGGUUCAAUGCAACGAAGGUUGGAGGAGAAAAAUGGGUCGGUGGUUUGAAGGGGUUUGACUAUUGGACGGGUCCUGCUCCGAGCUAUUCUUUGAAUCUAUAUAACAACCAGUCCUAUGAUAUUCGGCCCAUUUACAAUGUUUACGGAAACAUUACUGGAACGGACUCCAGCGAGGGCUACAUUUUAAUUGGUAACCACCGUGAUGCCUGGAUUAAAGGCGGUGCAUCAGACCCCAACAGUGGAUCCGCUUCUAUGCUCGAGGUGAUACGGGCUUUCCACGAACUACAAUUACAAGGUUGGAAGCCUCGCAAGACGAUAGUAUUUGCUUCCUGGGAUGGCGAAGAGUACGCUUUGUUGGGCUCAACCGAGUUUGGAGAGAAAUAUGCUGAUGAUCUGCAAGCUAAUUGUUUGGCGUACUUGAACGUUGAUGUUUCUGUAAGCGGAAAGCAACUAAACAUUGGAGCUUCUCCAUUCUUGAAUCAAGUGUUGACCGAAUCAUUGCAUCUUGUCGCGUAUCCUUUUGGUGGGACUCUAUUUGAUCAUUACUUCAAGAAAUAUGAGAAGUUUGGUAUUCUUGGCAGUGGUUCGGAUUACACUGUCUUUCAGGAACACCUGGGCAUUGCCUCAGUGGAUAUGGGCUUUGAUAGCUCUCGUGAUGACCCAGUUUAUCAUUAUCAUUCAAAUUACGACUCGUUUCACUGGAUGAGCACAAUGGGCGAUCCAGGUUUCAAGUUGCACAAUGCUUUAUCGCGGUAUCUUGGAUUGGUAGCACUAAAGCUUACAGAACGUAAAGUUAUUCCAACCGAGGUGAAAAGUUAUGCCACAGAGUUGGAACUAUACUUCCAAGCUUUGCUUACCAGAGUUCCCGACAAGUGGAUGAGUAUUCCGACAGGCGGGUGUCAUCGCACGAUCUCUAGUGCCUUGGCUAAUUUGGAAGCAGAAUUCAAGAAAUUUGUAACAAAUGCCGAUGCUUUUGACGUUCGGGCUAAUGCUCUGCAAGCCGAGUGGGAUGUAUCUGGUAGCUUACCAUUCUGGAGGCGCAUUGCACUGCACUACAAAAUUAAGGGAUUGAACUACAAACUUAGAUACCUUGAAAGAAGGUUUUUACACCACAAGGGAUUGGAUGGAAGGUCAUGGUUCAAACAUAUUGUUUACGCCGCUGGCAGAGAUACUGGCUACAAAGGAUUCGCAUUUCCAGGUUUGAAAGAGGCACUAGAUGAUGAUGACGUCUAUAGAUUCACUAAAUGGUUGAGGAUUAUAAGAAGGAAAAUGAAGGACUUAAAUGAUGACUACGAAAUCUAG